GAAAUUAUUUCACUGGUGACCAGAUUGAGCAAUAAGAAAAAACAGUUAGAAGGAGUUGAUGUUUGGGUAUCUGUAUCUUACUCACUACCUACAAACACUGAAAACCUUCAACAAUGGCAAUGACCGGAAAGUAUGAGCAGGUAUCAAAUGAAAACGUUGAACCUUUUAUGAAAUUCUUUGGUCUUUCCGAUGAAUUGAUCCAGAAAAUCAAGGUUUCGAAGAAUAUUUAUGAGAUUGUGCAGAAUGGCAAACAUUUCAAGUUAACAGCAACCACAGGGGACCAUGUUCAACAUAACGAAUUUACAAUUGGUGAGGAGGCUGAGAUACAGAUCCUAACAGGGGAGAAGUUUAAGACUGUUGCCCAACUUGAAGGUGAUAAUAAAUUGAUCUUAGAUCUCAAGGGAAUCAAAUCUAUUACCGAACUAUCUGGAGACACUCUAACUAAUGUUAUGACGAUGGGAGACAUCACCUGCAAGAGAAUCCUCAAGAGAAUUUGAGAGAAGCUCAAUACUCUUACUUUUACUAUAAAAUAAUGCAGUUUGUAUAUAAAUUAAUAAUAAUAAUAAUAAAAAAAAAAAUGAAUUUC